AUGAGGCUUUCAUUACCAAUUAGAUAUCCAGUUCGUUUAUCGAACAAACUGGCAUUCCGAAAAAAAAUUACUACAAGCGCAGUAAUUAACCAUGAGAACUCCAUGGGGAUUUCUCAAAAAGAGGCCCGGACAAAAAGUCAAAUCGACAUGGAAGCUCGCAUACGUCGUGGAUUACCAACUAAAAGGCCAAUUCAUGGUGUCAAGCAUAUAAUUGCUGUAGCUUCAGGUAAAGGUGGUGUUGGUAAAUCCACAUUGGCUAUAAAUCUUGCAUUAGCAGUUGCAUCUUUUCGUUAUCGUGUGGGUGUUCUAGAUGCAGAUGUAUUUGGUCCCUCUAUACCUCGUUUAUUAAAUCUAAAAGCGGAACCUCAAACGAACGAAAAAGGAGAUUUGAUUCCGCUUGUAAACUUUGGAGUGAAAGCAAUGUCUAUGGGAUUCAUUAUAGGUGAAGAUUCACCAGUUGUAUGGAGAGGACUUAUGGAAACACUUCAACAAUUGCUUCAUCAAAUACAAUGGGGUGAACUUGAUUUAUUAGUAAUUGAUAUGCCUCCUGGAACUGGUGACACACAACUAACAAUUAGCCAGCAAGUUGUUUUAGAUGGUGUUGUUAUUGUAUCUACACCACAAGAUAUUGCUCUUAUAGAUGCCAGAAAAGGUGCUAAUAUGUUUACAAAAGUUGAUGUUCCGAUUCUUGGGAUUGUUCAAAAUAUGUCAGUUUUUACAUGUCCGAAUUGUCAGCAUAAAGUUCACAUAUUUGGUCAAAAUGGAGUAUUAAAAACAUCUAAAGAAAUGGAUUUAGAUUAUUUAGGCGAUAUACCAUUAGACGCUGAUAUUUGUGAAUUAUCAGAUUUUGGUACACCCGUGGUUGUAACUAAACCUGACAGCUUUAAUACACAGUGUUAUAAAGAAGUUGCAAAAAAGAUAAUGAAUAAAAUAAAUUUAAAACAUUAG